GGUGGUGGCGGUAGCUGCAGGGGCGGCGGCGGCGGCGGCUUGGCCGGGCGUCCGCGGGCCGUGCGUGGGGGAUGGGGGCGGCGGGCUGCAGCCCUCGGGGGCGGCGGCGGCGGCCGUGAGCGCGGGGCGGGCGUCCGCGUGCGGGGCGCGCGAUGGAGCGCCACGGAUUGCAGAUGUUCUGACCGGUAAAUGAAAGGAUGAUUGCUCACAAACAGAAAAAGACAAAGAAGAAACGCAUUUGGGCAUCAGACCAGCUGUCUACUGAUGUUACGACUUCGGAAAUGGGGCUCAAAUCCUUAAGUUCUAAUUCCAUUUUUGAUCCAGAUUACAUAAAAGAGUUGGUGAAUGACAUCAGGAAGUUUUCCCAUAUGUUACUAUAUUUGAAGGAAGCAAUUCUUUCAGACUGUUUUAAAGAAGUCAUUCAAAUACGCCUGGAUGAACUUCUCCGUGUUUUAAAGUCUGUGAUGAAUAAACAUCAGAACCUGAAUUCCGUUGACCUUCAGAAUGCUGCAGAGGUGCUUACUGCAAAAGUGAAAGCUGUGAACUUCACAGAAGUUAAUGAAGAAAACAAAAACGAGCUCUUCCGAGAAGUGUUUUCUUCCAUUGAAACUCUGGCAUUUACCUUUGGAAAUAUCUUUACAAACUUCCUCAUGGGAGAUAUAGGCAACAAUUCCUUCUUGCGACUACCUGUUUCCCGGGAAAGCAAGUCUUUUGAAAAUGUUUCUGUGGAAUCAGUGGACUCAUCCAAUGAAAAAGGAAGUUUGUCUCCUCUAGAACUAGACAAUGUGCUAUUAAAGAACACUGACUCUAUAGAACUGGCUUUGUCAUAUGCUAAGACAUGGUCCAAAUACAUCAAGAACAUAGUUUCAUGGGUUGAAAAAAAGCUCAGCCUGGAAUUGGAAUCCACUAGAAAUAUUGUAAAGUUGACCGAGGCAACUAGAACUAACAUUGGACUACAGGAGUUUAUGCCCCUGCAGUCUCUGUUCACCAAUGCUCUCCUUAAUGACAUAGAGAGCUGUCACCUUUUACAACAAACAAUUGCAGCUCUCCAAGCCAACAAAUUUGUGCAGCCUCUACUUGGAAGGAAAAAUGAAAUGGAAAAACAAAGGAAAGAGAUUAAAGAACUUUGGAAACAGGAACAGAACAAAAUGUUUGAAACAGAGACUGCUCUUAAAAAGGCAAAAUUGUUAUGCAUGCAACGCCAAGAUGAAUAUGAAAAAGCAAAGUCUUCCAUGUUCCGUGCAGAAGAGGAGCAUCUGUGUUCAAGUGGCGGAUUAGCAAAAAACCUCAACAAACAACUGGAAAAGAAGCGGAGAUUGGAAGAGGAGGCUCUUCAGAAAGUAGAAGAAGCAAAUGAACUCUACAAAGUUUGUGUAACAAAUGUUGAAGAAAGAAGAAAUGAUCUGGAAAAUACCAAAAGAGAAAUUCUAGCUCAACUUCGGACUCUUGUUUUCCAGUGUGAUCUUACCCUGAAAGCUGUAACAGUAAACCUCUUCCAGAUGCAGCAUCUGCAGGCUGCCUCCCUUGCCAGCAGUUUACAGUCUCUCUGUGAAAGUGCCAAACUCUAUGAUCCAGGCCAAGAGUACAGCGAAUUUGUCAAAGCUACAAAUGCAGCCGAAGAAGAAAAAGUUGAUGGGAACGUAAGUAAGCAGUUAACAAACAGCCCCCAGACUUCUGGAUAUAGACCUGCUGACUCUGUAGAGGAUGCUGUGCGCCUUCCUGACAAUUCUCAUAGAAUUGAAGAGGACAGAUGCUCCAACAGUGCAGAUAUCACAGGGACUUCUUUUAUACGAUCAUGGACAUUUGGGAUGUUUAGUGACUCUGAAAGUACUGGAGGAAGCAGUGAAUCUAGAUCUCUGGAUUCUGAAUCUGUAAGUCCAGGAGACUUUCAUCGAAAACUCCCACGAACCCCAUCCAGUGGAACCAUGUCUUCUGCGGAUGAUCUAGAUGAAAGAGAACCGCCAUCCCCUUCAGAAGCUGGACCCAAUUCCAUUGGAGCAUUUAAGAAAACGUUAAUGUCAAAGGCAGCUCUCACCCACAAGUUCCGCAAAUUAAGAUCCCCCACGAAAUGUAGAGACUGUGAAGGCAUCGUAGUGUUCCAGGGUGUUGAAUGCGAAGAGUGUCUCCUUGUUUGUCACCGAAAGUGUUUGGAAAAUUUAGUCAUCAUUUGUGGUCAUCAGAAACUUCUGGGAAAAGUACACGUAUUUGGGGCAGAAUUCGCACAAGUUGCAAAAAAAGAAGCAGAUGGCAUCCCUUUCAUACUCAAAAUAUGCGCCACAGAGAUUGAGAACAGAGCACUGUCUCUACAGGGAAUCUAUCGUGUGUGUGGCAACAAAGUAAAAACUGAAAAACUGUGCCAAGCUUUGGAAAAUGGAACACACUUGGUAGAUAUCUCAGAGUUUAGUUCACAUGACAUCUGCGAUGUCUUGAAAUUAUAUCUUCGGCAGCUCCCAGAACCAUUUAUUUUAUUCCGAUUGUACAAGGAAUUCGUAGACCUUGCAAAGGAAAUCCAACAUGUAAACGAAGAACAAGAAACAAAGAAGGAUAGCUUUGAGGACAAAAAAUGGCCAAAUGUGUGUAUAGAGAUAAACCGAAUUCUCUUAAAAACCAAGGACCUUCUGAGACAACUGCCAACAUCGAAUUUUAACAGUCUUCAUUACCUCAUUACACAUCUUAGGCGGGUAGUUGAUCAUGCAGAAGAAAACAAGAUGAAUGCCAAAAACUUGGGAGUCAUAUUUGGACCAAGCCUCAUUAGGCCGAGGCCAACAACUGCCCCUAUCACCAUCUCCUCCCUGGCUGAAUAUUCGAACCAAGCGCGGUUGGUAGAGUUCCUCAUCACUUACUCCCAGAAGAUCUUCGAUGGAUCACUGCAGCCACAGGAUGGUACCAGGGUUGCUGUACCUCAGGCGGAUCCAGGCUGUCUCCCCAAGCCUCACUUAGCACCGGAAGAAAGAGAUGCAGAACAUUCCAUGAGCCCUCUGUUUUUUUCUUCGAAAGAAGAUGUCCGUACUGCAGAGAGUGAAAGCAAAAUUUUUGAGCCAGCUACAUCAUUUGAUGAAUCAGAACGCAAGCAUAAUGUGUUAGAAAAAUGUGACGCAUGUCUUAUUGACAACAAGCUGCGUUUGCUUCUAGACCAAGAGCAUGAGUCUGCAUCCCAGAAGAUGGACGACAUGUGUAAGAUCCCUAAGCCGCUGAUUCUAAAAACUGACAGGACAGUGAACAAUAUGGAGAGGUACAUCCCACGGACCCGGAUGAGGCCUGUGAGUUUGCCUGUAGACAGACUGCUUCUUGCAAGCCCUCCUAAUGAGAGAAUUGGCAGAAAUACGGGGAAUCUAAGUUCUGACAAGUUUUGUAAGAAUCCUGCCUAUGAAGGAUCUAACAGAAAAGACACCUCUACCACCGUCUGUGCCAAAUUCAAUGGCUUUGACCAACAAAGUCUGCAGAAACUUUGGGAUAAACAGCAUGAACCAAACAGCUUUACUACCAAAACUGCCACGUUUGUGCCCAGUGAUCCCCAGGGCAAAGUCGUGCUGGGCAGCCCCAGGAUUGGUGGGGAGCAUUCCGGGGGUGUCCCCCAGCCCGGGAAGCCACACACAGAGCCGGUGAGGUCAGGGCGAGAGGCUGUGGAGAGACGGGCCUCUGAUUCCUGCACUCCCGCUCCUGCUCCCGGCAGGGCGCCCAGGACACUGCAGCCGCAACACUGGACAACAUUCUACAAGCCACGCACUCCUGCCAGCAGUGUCAGGGGCAGUGAAGAGAAGCCAUCCUCUCCCUCGACACCAACCCCUCCUGGCACAGCACACACUCCCCAGGGUGACACAGAGAAGUCAGUGCCAGACUUGGCCAGGGCAGCAGCUUGUGCUGGGCAGCCCAGUCGGCCGCCUAAAGAAAAUUCUGAGGAGGCCACCCCGCCCGAGGUGACUGCCAUGUGCCAGAGACCCAGGCUCAAACGGAUGCAGCAAUUCGAAGACCUCGAGGAUGAGGUCCCGCAGUUUGUGUAGGGAGCUCACCACCAGGCUGCCUUUGCUCUGUUUGGUUUUGUGGUAUUGUGUGUUUGUAUAAAAGUGUUUGACGGGGCCCCUUUUGUAUAGAAUUGCCGGACUGUGGAUUUUGCUUUCUGUUAAUCGUGUUGUAUUCUCCUUGUGGGUUGUAUUGACUGGUAGAAUGUCUUGAUGGAGUCAUGUUUGUGACUCACUGGUAUCCUCUUUAAAUUCUGUAUUAUGGAAAUUGUGAAUAAAAUAGGUGGAUUCGUAGUUUUUAAGGUUCAGUUGAUUUUCCCUGUAAAGUGGCCCACUUAAAUGCAUCCCUAAUAUAUGAUAUGAUACAGGUCUCAACUAUUAGGUGCAAUGGGGGAAAAUCAGCUUUAUUUUUUUGGAGUGAAACGAAGUGCUUAUUUAUAAAAUGUUUCUGAAUGCAAGUGCCUGAAAGAUCUUUGGUAUGUGUAUGUUUUUCCACACAAUUUUAUAGUGCCUUUCUGAACAUUUGUGCUUGUAUGUAUGUUUUAUUUUUCAGUUGUCAAUUCACAUAACUUUUUAAUAUUUACCUAAUAGCCAAAGGGCUUGCAAAUCUAUUUAAUUUCAUUUUUAAUUAAUUACAAGUUUUUACAUGUGGUAGUCAAGUUGUACAAAGAAAAUUGCACUUAAAUCUCCUGUUUCUAAAUAUAUAUAUAUAUAUUUUUUUCAGACACAACCUACUUGGUAUUAGAGGGUUUUAAAACAUUGAUAGUAUUUUCCCCUUUGGCUUUGCUCUACAUCAAGUUCAGAUUUACAAUAGUUUUGAGCCUUUUGGCAUUUUAGAUAAUACUCUCAAACCUGUUUCAGAAGUUUUUAAAUUCAGUGCAUUUCCUCUUAAUACCAUUGUGGGCUUUGUUAAAAGCCAUUCCUUUUAUACAGAAUGUUUGGCCUUGUGGAUUGUUUUAUGUCUUUUUCUACCUGAACCAUAAAUCGUUGAAAAUGUACAUUUCACCUAAAAGAAGCGAAGAUUGGUUGACACUGAUCCUGAAAGAGCAGUCAGUAAGCUCUGGAGUCCGAGAGAGGGUGUAGAUGAUGGGAUCUGUUUCAGUUAUAAAGUUUCCAGUUUUUAGAACUAACCCUGUUUUCUGGGUUCACCAUUUUGUCUGAAAUUGGAUAUAAAAGGGACAAAAAAGCCUCUUUUUGUAUGUGUGAAUUACAUUUCUAGUAAUGCUUUUGUAUGACCAUGUUAUACAUGAUAAAAUAAAUAUUA